CACUUCACCGUCAUCCCUGCUUUCCUACUCCACUUGCUGUGGCUCCAUCUCCAUACACGGAAUCGUGUAGCGUAUUAAAAUCUGACAGCUUUGCAUAACCUGCGAAUGUAGAGACUUCGUUAGGGUCUUUAAGGGCUCAAAACGAUUCUCUUCACGCAAAGUUACAAACCUUUGUUUAACACCAUGAAAAUAAACGAAAAAAAUAUGGUUGCAUUUGCAACAUCGGCAACCCCCGUAGACCGUGAGGGGUGGCUAAAUAAACGGGGUGAAGUAAAUCGUGGUUAUUCGAGGCGUUGGUUUGUCCUCAAGGGUAAUAUAUUAUUCUACUUUGAUCGGCGUGGCGAUAAAGAACCUGUUGGCAUGAUCGUUCUUGAAGGCUGCACCAUUGAGCUAGCUGAAGAUGAAGAGCAAUUCGGUUUCAAGAUAGUUUUUCACGGGCCAAACAACAGAAGUUAUGCCCUGGGUGCCGAGUCACAAGAUUCUAUGGAGCAAUGGAUGAAAGCAUUAGCCUGCGCAAGCUAUGAUUACAUGAAGCUGAUGGUAGCGGAAUUACAACGACAACUAGAUGCAGCAGAGGAAGAUACUACUGCUACGUCUCUACCUGCUGAAUCGCCAAAAGCCCCACCCAGGCAUCGGCAUAAUCCUUUUAAUAAACCAGAUACUCACCAUCGAUCGCAAAGCGUCAGAUCUGCUCCAGGUAGAACUGAAAAUAUACCAAGAACAAGAGUCACUUUUAGAGAAUUGCACACAGCUUAUGGUAGGAGAAUUUUAGCAGAUCUCAAUGAGUGGCGGCACUCUAAACGUAGCAUGGAAGCUCCCUUGAUAGCAUUAUGAAUAUAGGUAGGUGUGAAAUAAUUAUAAUGUAAAUAAUUGCGUUAAAUUAGUUAUUGACUAAUAUUCAUAAAACUUCUUCAUGUUCCUCCUUCAAUCAAUAGAUUGAAUUGUUAUUUAUUCAAUGUCUCCUAGUUUUCUAUACUGUUCGGAUAACAAAUAGAAUCUAAAAAACGUGACAAUAGGAGGUAGUAGCACGUGUUACUUAUAUUUACAAUUAGUUUCAAAUUUUCUGGUUAGGAGCACAAACUCAAUGAAUACUGAAAAUAUAUCUAUUCUGUAAAUAAGUACUUUAUUACUCAAUAUUAUAUUAAUCUAACAAAUAAGUCAACAGCCUGCUGUGCUACAAUCAUACUUCACUAAAACAAUUUCCAUCAAAAAGUAUAUGAUCGAGAAGAUCAUGAGCAGAAAGCAUUAGAGUGAUAAGUCGUUGAUUAUAAAACGUUAUUAGCUCUAAGAUAAAAAAUUAAAUAAAUCUACAAAACAACCA